AUGUCGCUCGCCCAGCACGUCACCCAGUCUGAAGGCUUUGACUACGAGGCACCACCGCCUUGCCCGAAGCCUGAUGUUCCCCACGAGGACGUCCUGCACCUGUCCGCUGCAGACAUUGCCUGCCGGACCGAGUAUCGCCGUCUGAGCUUUGAUGCAUUCGCCCCCCACGAUGCGCUCCUCGCCGUUCCUCAGCAUAAGGAGCCACGUCUCGCCGCGUACAAGAUAUCGGACCUGAAGCGAUUCGUCCAAGUUGCCACCGCCAUCGUCACCUGCUGGCUUGCCUCUGGUAUUGUCUUCGGCUUCGCCGCCCUCAAGCCCGUCUUGAUCGCCGAGGGAGUGUACAGCGAGCUGUGCCCUGCCGACGACAAGCCGUUCAGGGAAGACGAUGGAGUCAUCGUCCCCUGCGCCGAGCAAGAUAUCCGUCUGAACCUCUUCUUCGUCGUUGCCUCCAUCACCACAAACGUUGCUUCCCUGUUCUGCGGUGCCGCACUCGACCGCUAUGGCCGCCGCUUCUGCUGGAACAUUGGCGCUGUCUUCUUCGCCACGGGCUGCGUGCUCAUGGGGUACUCGUUCUACAUCCCCGAGUUUGACGCCUAUCUGCUCGGCAACUUCUGUCUCGGCGUCGGCGGUGCCUUUGUCUUCGUCCCCAGCUUUCAGUUGUCCAAUGCCUUCCCUCAGUACUCGGGCGUGGUCGUUGCGCUGGUCACAGGUGCCUUCGAUGCCUCGGCGGCAGUCUUCCUCUUCUACCGCAUGGCGUACGAUGCCACUGGUGGGAACUUCUCACUGGAGAGGUUCUUUUUUGGUUACCUCAUUGUCCCGGUCUUGAUCCUUGUCGCCGAGUACACAUACAUGCCCGAGCAUGCUUACCGCUCGGUGCCUGAGCUCGAGGAGAAGAUUGAGCGUGCUGAGGACAACACUCGAGACGUUCACACCUCCGACGACGACCUGACGAGCGAUGGCGAGCGAUACCACGUUCGCAGCAUCCGUGCGGAGCGUCGUCGGGCCAAGCUUGACGCGAUUGUCGAUCUCACUGGUGAUGCCGAGGUGAGAGAGGAGCGCGUCAAGAUCAAGGAAGAGCGUCUCGAGGCCAGUGGUGUCUGGGGUGUCCUACACGGUCUGCCUGCCCAUCAGCAGAUGCUUACGCCGUGGUUCAUCUUGAUCCUCUUGCUCACGGUGCAUCAAAUGCUGAGGAUGAACUACCUCAUCGCUACCAUCCGUGCCCAGUACCGCUUCAUGCUCGGGUCUGAUGUGCUGGCUGAGUCGAUCAACCACUUUUUUGAUGCUGCUCUGCCCAUUGGCGGUGUCGCUGCGACACCCUUUAUUGCCGUCUUGCUCAACAACGCAAGCGUGCCGGUCACGUUUGGCAUCUUGACAGUGCUGAUCAUCGUUGUUGCCGUGCUCAACUGCAUUCCCCAGCUAUGGGCGGGACUAACGACUGUCAGUGAUUAUGCUACGAAAGUCUUCGGCUUCGCCACGUUUGGGCGCAUUUAUGGCGCUUUGGUGUGCAUCUCCGGCAUCAUCAGCUUUGCGCAGUCGGGUCUCGAUGCAUGGACCCAUGGUCCGCUGCAUGGUAACCCCGUGCCUGUGAACAUAAUGAUGGGCGCGACCGGUACUGUUCUCGGCAUCGCUCUCGUUCUUUUUGUUGCCAUCCAAGUCGGGUUGCACAACGAAAAGGAAAAAGCAGAGGCUGACAUGGAGCGGAUGCCGCUGAUCUGCGAGGAAGAGGAGGGAUAUGGAACCAGGGGCGAUCGGUGA